ACGCCCUCCGCUCUGGCAAGUGAGAAGCGACGUGUGUCGGACUACUCACUUCGUUUUUAUUUUUUAAAUAUAAAUGUAUAUACAGUGACUAUGGCGUUCAACCUGACCGACGACUUCGGCCCUGUGGCCGCACUUAAGAUGGUAUCAGACGAAGCGGAGGAGCACAUGCUCGGCUGGAACGUGCCGGAGGAAUACCAGUACUUCGUCCACGACCACUGGCGCGCCUACCCGGCUGUCAGCAAGUGGUGGCACUACGGACUGGCAUUCAUAUACACCAUACUCAUGUUCUGUUCCUGUUUGGGGAACGGAAUAGUUAUCUGGAUUUUUAGCACAUCAAAAUCGUUGCGGAGUCCAAGCAACUUCUUCGUCAUAAACCUGGCGAUAUUCGACACUCUCAUGAUGUUUGAGAUGCCGAUGCUGAUAGUCAACUCCUUCUACCAGACCAUGCUGGGCUACCAACUCAGCUGUGAUAUAUACGCGGCGUUUGGCGCGAUGUCCGGCAUAGGAGGAGCUAUGCAGAACGCGAUCAUAGCUUUUGAUAGAUACAAGACCAUAUCGAGUCCUUUGGACGGACGUAUCACGAACGUGCAGGCGAUGAUCCUGAUCGUGUUCACGUGGAUCUGGACGCUGCCUUUCACCUUUCUGCCGUUUUUCCGGGUCUGGGGACGAUUCAUACCAGAGGGUUUCCUGACGACGUGCUCGUUCGACUACCUGACGGAGGACACGGACACGAAGGUGUUCGUGAUGUGCAUCUUCCUCUGGAGCUACGUCACGCCCAUGACAUUCCUCUGCUUCUUCUACUCUAAACUCUUCAACGCCGUCCGAGCGCACGAGAGGAUGCUGCGAGAACAGGCCAAGAAGAUGAACGUGAAAUCCCUGGCCUCGAACAAGGACGAUGCCGGAACUAGCGUGGAGAUCCGCAUCGCCAAGGUCGCCUUCACCAUAUUCUUCCUCUUCGUGUGCUCCUGGACGCCUUACGCCUUUGUAACUAUGACCGGAGCUUUUGGAGACAAGGGAAUUUUAACACCAGUGGCUACCAUGGUACCGGCGGUCGCGGCGAAGAUCGUAUCAUGCAUAGAUCCCUGGGUAUACGCGAUUAACCAUCCUAGAUACAGGGCUGAGCUAGAGAAGCGCGUGUCCUGGCUGGGUGUGAAAGAGCCCAGCCCCGACACGGUCUCCCAGUCCAGCACAGCGACCUCGCAGGUCCCCCAGGAAGCGUAAUUACCACUAACGAAGACGGACACACACAACGGACCAUAGUCUAUAUUUUAUUAUGAGCAUGUAAAAAAAAGAAAAAAAAAGAAAAAAAAAUUGAUAUAUUGAAAACGACUGAGGCGCGACCACGGAACGAUCUGCCCUCGCUCACGGAGAUGAUGACGAGAUUUUGACUUUUUUAUUUUUACUUCGAGCAAAUUUGAGAAAAUAACAAAAAAAUCUGAGACUUUGUAAACAAACUCUUAAUAUAAUUUUGAUGAGUA